AUUUGCUAGCACAGCACAGACAGAUCAACUCCUUCGAAUUCGGGGCGAGGAAGCACGAAGCAGAGUGCGCGAGAAGCAUCGCGAAGCGAGCAGAGAUGGAGGUGCCGCCUCGCCUCCCUGUCCUCCUCCUCCUCCUCAUCGCCGUUGUCCCCGUCCUCCUCCUCUCGCCGGCCGCGGCGGCGAGGGUGGCGCCGCGGCGGCGCAUCGAGCCGCUCGCCACCGCCGCGCUGCGCCGCCUCUACGACACAUCCAACUACGGCAAGCUGCAGCUCAACAACGGCCUCGCCCUCACCCCGCAGAUGGGGUGGAACAGCUGGAAUUUCUUCGCCUGCAACAUCAACGAGACGCUCAUCGGAGAGACAGCUGAUGCGCUGAUAUCCACGGGAUUGGCUGAUUUGGGUUACAAUCAUGUAAAUAUCGGUACACCACUUGGCUCAAUACUACGUAUUGUUGGUUUUAGGAACUAUUUUGUUUAUCUUAUCAAUUUUUUGUUGCUUCCUUCUUCAGAUGAUUGUUGGUCCUAUGUGAUAAGAGGAAAGAAGGAUCAAUUGCUACCUGAUCCGAAGACUUUCCCUUCUGGCAUCAAAGCUCUUGCAGACUAUGUGCACGGGAAAGGCCUAAAACUUGGGAUAUACUCUGAUGCUGGGGUAUCUACUUGUCAAGUUCGACCUGGUUCACUCUUUCAUGAAAAAGACGAUGCAGAUCUCUUCGCAUCAUGGGGCGUUGACUACUUGAAGUAUGACAACUGUUACAAUUUGGGAAUAAAGCCUCAGAAAAGGUAUCCUCCUAUGCGUGAUGCUCUAAAUUCAACGGGGCGCCAGAUAUUCUACUCUCUAUGCGAAUGGGGCCAGGAUGAUCCAGCUUUAUGGGCUGGAAAAGUUGGCAAUAGUUGGCGUACAACAGAUGACAUAGUGGAUACGUGGAAAAGCAUGACAGACAUUGCUGAUAAGAAUAACAAGUGGGCGUCAUAUGCUGGACCUGGUGGCUGGAAUGACCCAGAUAUGCUGGAGGUAGGAAAUGGUGGCAUGACCUUUGCAGAGUAUCGCUCUCAUUUUAGCAUCUGGGCUCUCAUGAAGGCUCCUCUAUUAAUCGGGUGUGAUGUCAGAAAUAUGACUUCAGAAACAUUGGAAAUUUUGAGCAACAAGGAAGUAAUUCAAGUGAACCAAGAUCCUCUCGGAGUUCAAGGAAGAAAAAUUUUAGGACAAGGAAAAUAUGGAUGUCGCGAGGUGUGGGCUGGCCCUCUCUCUGGAAAUCGGCUUGCUGUUGCUCUAUGGAACCGUUGUUCGGAGACUGGUAAUAUUACAAUGAAAUUGCCAGCAGUAGGCCUUGAUGGGUCAUCUGCCUAUUCUGUCAGAGAUCUGUGGAAGCAUGAAACUCUAUCAGAAAAUGUCGUAGGAACUUUCGGAGCACAAGUUGACGUGCAUGACUGCAAGAUGUACAUUUUUACUCCUGCCGUCAGUGUCUCUUCAAGUUGAUCACAAAAGGGUGAAGCCUGAUUGACAGCACGCUGGUAUAUUAUGAAAAUAAACAUCACCAAUUCUCCAGUAUUUUAUUUCAUUCGAGUGCUGAGAUUGGCUCCGUGGAGAAUGCUCGCAUUGUUUGUCAUUUCUUUGCGGGGAAGGUCAUGCUUGUGGACUAUGUAAGGUUUCCGUAGCAGCCUGGUUCUAAAUCUGUUGGAGUUGGAGGCUUGCCGCCAUUUCUCUACUGUACAGGAUGUUCUUAAGUUAUUUUGCUUCUGGAUCA